UUAUUUCAGAACCAAAUAUGGAGCAAUUAUUUCAAAAAUACGAGAAAAAAUUGAAGCUCCAGAAUGUACAAGCACGCAUCUGGGAAGAAAAACAUACAUAUAUAAAAUCCGGAAAAGCUGUUUUCAAAGUUCCAAACCCGCCAAAACAAGAGAGAACUUUCCGUUGGGUAAUCGAAGCUCCGGCGAGCAGCUGCCAGACAUCACGUGGAUAUUCUGUCAAAUUCACACCCAGUCGAGUGAAAAGAGCAAAAAUCCCGGAACGAAUGUACAAUAUGAAACGAUGUUUCCAACUCCGCCGAGACAGUCGUAUUGCAUUGUCAGAUGCAAUUUUCCAGCCGGAAAAGAAGACAAACACGAUGGAUCAUUUAUUUACCGCUUCUACAGCUCCGGAAUACUCGGAGAAGGAAUUGCGACAGAUAGAAGAUUUUCAGUCAUUUUUUGACAAUUGGGAUGAUGAUUACUAUACGGAGCAAGAUUGUCUAGACCUGAUGCAACAAGCUGUAAAUGGAAGAAUCGAAGUUUAUCAAGAGGUAUACAAGCAAACUUCCAACCCAAUAUAUCUAGCAAAAGCAGUUUUUAUCAAAUUUCUCGACUUUGAUCGACUCUCUCCACUUCAUAAAACGUACUUGAUGCUCAGCGAGGAAUGUGAAUUUCCAAUGUGCUAUGUAGAAGGAAUUCUCCGUCGUCAUUAUGAAUAAUUGUUUUCUGGCUUUUCAUAUUAUUUUUAGCCAUUAUUAUUUUUUGUUGCUUAGAUGACAUUUUGUUUAUUGUAUUUGAAAACCAGUAUUUUUUGCUCUUUUCAUUUUGAUUUCAUUUUUAUUCCGUUCACAUUAAUAGUGUAAUUGGGGAUUUGUUCAUGGUAUUUCAUAUUUUUAGUGUCCUGGAAAUCGUAUACUUCAUAUUUAUAAAGAUGUAUUUUAAUGA